AACACGAGGGCUUGAGUUUGGAGACCGGCGCGUUUUCUUGUUUUCUUAGCGUUUUAGCGUAAAAUAUCACCCAGCAGGCACCACAGCGACACAACAAGCAGGCACCACAGAGACACAACAAGCAGGCAGACAACAGAGUAACACGUGAAGUCUAGUGCCGAGAUGAGUGUGGCACCACUAAGGCCGGCUGUGUUGGGGCCACUCCGGUGGAUUCCUUGCCCUAGUGCCACAUCCUUUGCUGCCGCCACCGCCUCUGCCACAGCCACAGCCUCCAUCACCUCCACACACCGCCGCUGGCUCUCCACACACUCCCGGACCUUGUGUAGUGAGAAGCGAGUGUCCAAGGUCCCUCAGCAACCCACCACCCCCACCCUGCCCCCCGGCCAGCCUGUCCAAGUUGACCUGCGCCUGGUACAGCUCCUGGAGAGGCUUUCCCUGGUGGACUUUGCCAAUGAGGAGGGCGUUGAGAGGCUGCAGGAGGCCAUUAGCAUGGCCGACCGCUUGAGCCAGGUGGAUACGACAGGUGUGGAGCCCCUCAUCACGGUGCUGGAGGACAGGUCGCUCCCACUGGCCGAGGACGAGGUGGAGUGGGGAAGCCAGAAAGACGAGCUACUGGCCUGUGCUCACUCCACCGUCGAGGACUACUUCGUGGUGCCACCGGGGAACAUCACCUACGAGGAGGAGCGGGGCUACCACGCCACCCUCAAGCAGCAGCAGGCACAGCAGCAGCAGGAGGAGGAGGAGGAGGACCUGAAGAAGACAAGCAGGGAAUGAAGAAAGAGAUAGAAUUAGAGCAAGGCGGCGACCCUCAGGGCUCUGUGUGAGACAGUGAGGUGCUGUAAGUUGUGCGCCACAAGAUGCGUGAACGCUGUGUGUAAGGGUGUCCAGUGUUAAAAGUUGUACAUACAUAUAAAGAGUUUGCAAGAUAUACAUAUUUUGUGUGUGAGCUGUGACCAGUGAUACUGUACAAUGACAUAAUAAAGCUUGCAAUGAGUGAAUACCAGCGACCAUGUUCCAAAGUCUCCUUUAACUAGGAUAAGCCCUUUGUUGCCUACUCAAAGCCAACAGCGUCUUAUAAACUUUUGAAUACGGCACUUCAAAUCAAUUCUUCUUGGUCAAUUUGUUCUCCUGCUAACAAGAGAAAGCCAUUAUGCUUGAGAUUGCUGCUAACCUGUCGAAGUGGUAC